AUGGAUCAUAAAUUAUAUAGGGAAGAGCAACAAAAAAUAAUUUUGAAGGAAAAUAUAAAAAAAAAUUAAGUUAAGAGAUUAAAUGAUAAAAUUAUGACAAAUUAUUAGAUAUAUCAGAAUUAGAGAAAAAGAAGGUAUAAGGCAUCUAAUAAAUUAAAGAUAAUUUUGGCUAAAAAGAGAACUAUGUUAGCCCUUAAGAUUAGAUGCUUUAGCUCAACAUUAAAAAAGAUAUGAAGAAGAGAUAUUUGUAAAAUUGAAUUAACGACAGUAAUAAAAGCUAGAACAAGAGGAGGAAUUCAAAAUGAAUUUGAUUACGUUUCCUAAAAGUUAAACAUUAAUUCGGUCUGAAGAGGAAUAAGCCAAGUUGAAAAUUUUCUCAAUAGUAAGCAGCAGAUCAAAAAAAAUUAUUGAAAUAAAAAUAAUAGAGAUAUGGAGAAUCCAUUAAAGAUAGUUUUCUAAAAGAUAUUCCAAAUAUUCAAUUUCACCAAUUAAGCAAAAAUAAGAAUAAUAUAACAUUUAAAAAUCUCAAUUAGAUUCUGUAAACCAGAAAAUUAAGAAAUUACAAAGCAUUUUGAGUGAAAAAAAAUGA